AUGGGAGACUACAUCAACGAACUAGGAAGCAACUUAUGUCGUCGUGGUGAAGUUUGGCCGCGUGGCAUCGUUUACCCCCUCAUUGGUUUCUUCCUUGCCCAGGGGGCGCCCUUCGGGUUGCUCGUCGCCCAUGCCUACGAAGAUAAUGUAUGGCCUGUGUGGCCAUGGCUCGUGUACGAGCUGCAAGCGGACCAACUGGCGUACUGUUACCUCACAUUCUUCACGUCGACGAUCUUCAUCGUGCUCGGCGCCAUCUUGGGAAUGCAAGAGGAUCGCCUGCGACUCCUCGCCGCCACCGAUGGUCUCACAGGCCUUUUGAACCGCCGCUACUUUACUCUCCGCCUCUCGCAAGAGCUUGCCCGCGCCAAACGCUAUCAAACUCCGCUCUCGCUCCUCGUCAUUGACCUCGAUGGGCUCAAAGCCAUCAACGACGGCGCCGGCCACGAUGCAGGCGACCGAGCAAUAUGCGGUGUGGCAUCGACCCUUUCGCGCGCGUUGCGCGUAACCGAUGUUGCCGCACGCUAUGCUGGGGAUGAGUUUGUGGCACUCCUGCCACAGACUUCGGCGAUUGAGGCGAUGGGCCUGGCUGCCCGCAUCAAGGCAUGUGUGGCAGAGCUCAACCACGGUCCCGAAGGCGCGCCGCUCUCCGUAUCAAUUGGCGUGGCCGACCUCGAAGGCGCUGCUAGCGGCACAGCCGAAGAUCUCUUCGCUGCCGCCGACAAGGCCCUCUACGCCGCCAAAGCGGCAGGCCGCAACAGCGUGAUGGCGGCUCCCGCCCCCUAA